CAGCUGGCUAGGCUAGCCACGUUCCGCCCGGUGUCUCUCCUUCGUGUCAUUUUGUAGCCGAACCCGUCAGAUUUGGUCAAUUUUCCGUGCGUUUUGAGUCGGCAGAGAUGAUUUUGAAGACUGCACUGCUGUUGGCCUGCGCCUGGACGGUGUGCCUGGCCGGCGAAAAGGACGUCCUCGAGUUCACCGACGACGAUUUCGCCACUCGGAUCGCCGAACACGAUGUUGCUGUGGUCAUGUUUUAUGCCCCAUGGUGUGGCCACUGCAAGAGACUAAAGCCCGAAUAUGAGAAGGCGGCGCCAACCCUGCGUGACAAUGACCCGCCCGUGGCCCUCGUCAAGGUCGACUGUACUGAGGCUGGCAAGGAAACUUGCAACAAGCACGGCGUCUCUGGCUACCCCACCAUCAAAAUCUUCCGGGGCGGCGAAGUGGCCCAAGACUACAGCGGCCCUCGGGAGGCGGACGGAAUUGUCAAGUACAUGCGCUCCCAGGUUGGCCCCAGCUCGAAGGAACUCAAGAGCGUUGCCGAUUUCGACAAGUUCACCAGUAAGGCAGAGGUCGUGGUUGUCGGCUUCUUCAAAGAGGACUCGGACCUGAAGAAGGCCUUCGUCAAGCUGGCUGACAUUCUCAGAGAGAGGGUUUCGUUCGGAAACUCUGCUGACGAGGCUGUCCUCAAAAAGGCUGACACCACUGAUGGAAUCAUUUUGUACCGUCCCAAGCACUUAGCCAACAAAUUUGAGCCAUCGAAUCUCAAAUACGAUGGAGCUGCAAACAAGGAUGCCAUCGAAAAAUGGAUCAACAAAAACUACCACGGUCUGGUUGGACACAGGACCAGAGACACCUCCAAGGACUUUGAGAACCCCCUGAUUGUUGCUUACUACACUGUUGAUUAUGCUAAGAACCCCAAAGGAACCAACUACUGGAGAAACCGUAUUUUGAAGGUUGCUCAGGAAUACAAGGAUGACUUUACCUUUGCCAUUAGCGCCAAGGACGACUUCCAGCACGAGUUGAAUGAGUUUGGUCUUGACUAUGUUGCUGGUGACAAGCCUAUUGUUUUUGCCCGCGAUGCCAAGAACCGCAAAUUCUCCAUGAAGGAGGACUUCACAGUUGAAUCCUUCCAGGCCUUCCUGAAGGACCUCAAGGCCGACAAGCUGGAACCGUAUCUGAAGUCUGAGCCCAUUCCUGACGACAACAGCGGCCCUGUGGUCACUGCUGUUGGCAAGAACUUUGAUGAUGUUGUCACCAACGUUGACAAGGAUGUGCUGGUGGAGUUCUAUGCCCCCUGGUGUGGACACUGCAAGAAACUGACCCCGAUUUAUGAUGAGCUUGGAGAAAAGAUGAAGGGUGAGGAUGUUUCCAUUGUUAAGAUGGAUGCUACUGCUAACGACGUACCCUCCACCUUUGAUGUCCGUGGAUUCCCCACUAUCUACUGGGUGCCCAAGAAUAAGAAGGACAGCCCAGUCAGAUACGAGGGUGGCCGUGAAGUUUCCGACUUUGUUGAAUACAUCGCCAAGCAUGCCACCAAUGAGCUCAAAAGCUUUGACCGCAAGGGCAAUGAAAAGAAGAAGGAAGAGUUGUAAAUGAGUGUCUGCUCUGGAAUGCACAUCUAGCAAAGACUUACAAACCCAAUUUUUGUCCUCCAAAUGAUGAGCAAUUUGCUAUGUAAGAAUGUUUGAAGCGUUUCAUCUUGUUGAUUGUGUGCUGCUUGUAUGGAUGAAGAUAAAAAUGAUUGAAGUUGAUAUUUUAAAAUUUGUUUCCUCCAAUGACAAAACUAUCAUUAUGUGAAAAUGCUCCAUUCCAAUUAUUGAAGUUACUACACACAGUUUGAUUAUUACAAAUUGAAGGAUCACCGAGUUGGCUCACGAAAUGUAUUUAAUUUUCUCAGACACAAACGUUACAUGCAUUUUCCGUUGAUUUAUAUGGAUGCAGAUUGUAACUCUAAUCGAGUGUGAUUGAUACUUAUGAUUUCCUUUAGCAGUCUUGAAAAAGCAAACCAUCUCUCCGUACGUUCACAAAAGAUCUGGUUGUGGGAAUAAUAUUUGUUUUUGACAGUACUGGACAAUUUUUUUGAUAUAAAACUGAAAAAAAUAUGUGUCAUCUAUCUGUAAAUCAUAAUAAAAUUUUGAUAGAGUUACAAUACA